CCGUUGUUCCUGAACGCUGCAAGCAAACACAUAAGGUGCAACGGAGCUUCAAAAGCAACCCGCCAACUGAGUUAACUCGCCGUCGUCGCCUGUGAAAACCACCAUAGCCGACAGCAAAAACAGCAAGCAGAAUGAGGAAGAAGGUUGAUGAACGCAUUAGAACCCUAAUUGAAAACGGAGUCAAAACCAGACACCGUUCUAUCUUCGUCAUCAUCGGCGAUAAGUCACGUGACCAGAUUGUGAACCUUCACUAUAUGCUUAGCAAAUCAGUUGUUAAAAGUAGACCUAAUGUUUUAUGGUGUUACAGAGAUAAACUUGAACUCAGCAGUCAUAAGAAAAAACGCGCUAAGCAGGUCAAGAAACUCAUGCACCGGGGACUUCUAGAUCCUGAGAAGGUGGAUCCUUUUUCACUUUUUCUCGAAACCGCAGGAAUUACGUAUUGUCAGUACAAGGAUUCCGAGAGGAUUCUUGGAAAUACAUUUGGCAUGUGUAUAUUACAGGAUUUCGAGGCUCUGACGCCAAAUCUUCUGGCUAGAACUAUAGAAACAGUGGAAGGUGGUGGAUUGAUUAUUCUGUUGCUUCGUUCUUUGACUUCGCUCACUAGUCUAUACACCAUGGUUAUGGAUGUUCAUGAAAGAUUCCGUACAGAAUCUCAUUCUCUAGCCACUGGACGCUUCAACGAACGUUUCUUACUUUCUCUUGCAUCAUGUGGAUCAUGUAUAGUUAUGGAUGACGAGUUAAAUAUACUACCAAUUUCAUCUCACAUGAAAUCAAUAACACCAGUUCCAGUAGAAGAGGACUCCGAAGGGCUUUCAGAAGCACAGCGUGAUCUAAAAGAUCUGAAAGAGCAAUUAAAAGAUGACUUUCCUGUUGGUCCACUGAUUAAAAAGUGUUGCACAUUGGAUCAGGGCAAAGCUGUAAUUACAUUUCUCGAUGCAAUUUUGGAUAAGACACUGCGUAGCACGGUGGCUUUGCUUUCCGGUCGUGGUCGCGGGAAGUCGGCUGCAUUGGGUCUUGCAGUUGCCGGAGCCGUUGCUGCAGGGUAUUCAAACAUUUUUGUGACUGCCCCUAGCCCAGAAAAUCUUAAAACGUUGUUCGAAUUUGUAUCAAAGGGAUUUGACAUGCUUGAGUACAAGGAGCACCUGGAUUAUGAUAUCGUCAAAAGCUCAAAUCCAGAGCUCAAAAAGGCGACUAUCAGAAUAAAUAUAUACAAACAGCAUAGGCAGACAAUUCAGUAUAUACUACCUCAUGAACAUGGAAAACUGUCGCAAGUUGAACUCUUGGUUAUUGAUGAAGCUGCAGCUAUUCCGCUGCCAGUUGUUAAGUCUUUACUUGGGCCUUAUCUAGUUUUCCUUUCUUCUACCGUCAACGGCUAUGAAGGUACGGGACGAUCUUUAUCGUUGAAGCUUUUGCAGCAAUUAGAAGAGCAAAGUACAGCUUCUACAAAAAGCACAGAUGCUGUUCCUUCUGGGCGGUUGUUUAGAAAGAUAGAGUUGAGUGAAGCUAUUAGAUACGCGUCUGGUGAUCCAGUUGAAUCCUGGCUUAACAAUUUACUUUGUCUCGAUAUAGCCAAAUCUAUCCCGAGCAUUAACAGGUUACCUCCUCCCAGUGAGUGUGAUCUCUAUUAUGUUAACCGUGACACACUGUUCUCAUAUCAUAAAGACAGCGAGUUAUUUCUGCAGAGAAUGAUGGCGUUAUACGUUGCAUCUCACUACAAAAACUCUCCAAAUGAUCUUCAAUUAUUGGCUGAUGCACCAGCUCAUCACUUGUUUGUGUUACUCGGUCCUGUCAAUGAAUCAAGGAAUCAGCUCCCUGAUAUUCUUUGCGUCAUACAGGUUUGUCUUGAAGGAAAAAUUUCGAAGGCCUCUGCAAUGAGAAGUUUAAGUGCGGGUCAUCAGCCUUCCGGAGACCAAAUUCCAUGGAAAUUUUGUGAACAGUUCCAAGAUAAAGACUUCCCGAGUCUUUCUGGUGCCAGAAUCGUACGCAUUGCUACACACCCUAAUGCGAUGAAGCUUGGAUAUGGUUCAGCGGCCAUAGAAUUGCUAGCAAGGUACUUUGAGGGUCAGUUCACUCCCAUCUCUGAAGUAGAUGUUGAGAAUGAUCCGGAACCUUCUUCACCUGUCAAAAUUACUGAAGCAGCUGAGAAAGUGUCAUUGCUUGAAGAGAAUAUAAAGCCCAAAACAGAUCUUCCACCGCUUCUCGUACAUCUUUCUGAAAGACGGCCCGAGAAGCUACAUUAUCUCGGUGUCUCGUUCGGGCUUACUUUGGACCUAUUUCGCUUUUGGAGAAAACAUAAGUUCGCUCCAUUUUACUUGUGUGAAAUUCCGAAUUCCGUGACUGGUGAGCAUACUUGUAUGAUGCUAAAACCUCUGGAUACUGAUGAUAUAGAAGUUAGAGGAUCAGAUGAAUUAGGGUUUUUCGGUCCUUUCUAUCAAGCUUUUAGGUCAUCAUUUGCUAGGCUUUUGUGUUCUCCCAGAUUUAAUACAAUGGAAUACAAGCUUGCAAUGAGCAUUUUGGAUCCGAAACUCAGCUUCACAGAUGUAGAGCCUUCAUCAACAAUCUCACACAGUAUAUACGAUGACAUCAUUAAAUCUCCAAUCAGUAUGAAAAGACUUGAAGCUUAUGUGAACCACCUCGUUGAUUAUCAUCUGAUUUCGGAUCUGAAACUGCCACUCGCAUACCUAUACUUCCAGGAGAAGUUACCAGUUGCGUUAUCGUAUGCACAGGCGUCUGUGUUACUAUGCAUGGGCUUGCAGAACCAAGAUGCUUCUUAUGCUGAGGGAAUGAUGAAGUUGGAAAGACAACAAAUAAUGUCAUUGUUCAUGAAAGUGAUGAAAAAGUUCCACAAAUACUUGGAUUCAGUAUCGACAAAAGAAUUUAACUCAACUCUGCCGCCAGUCAAAGAAGUGGAAUUGAAGCCACACGAGAUUUCAGUGGACGAGGAUCUCGACGAAGCUGCAAAAAAAGUCAAGGAUGAUUUUAAAGCCAACAGUGAGGGUUUAUUGAACCCAGAGUUUCUCCAGAGGUACGCGAUUGCGGACAAGGAUGUCGAUUUCGAGAGUGCUUUGCAAAACGGCGGAGGAAAGGUACCCUCGGGUGGCGUGAUUAGUGUCAAGUCCAGUAAAACGAAACCGGAAAAACAUGGGAAAACUAAAGGUGAUAAGAGUGACAAGAAAAGAAGCAAGGAUGGAAGUUCUUCUAAAUCAUCAAAGAAGAGAAGGACAUAGUUAUUUAUAACUUGUGUUGUUCUACUCUUUGAGUUUUAGAUAACAGUUUUGACUUGAUCAUGAAUGGUUCAGUAGGCUAUUUUUUUUUUUUAAAUUAUGAUAUCUUAGUAAAAACAAAGGUCUUUGGUUCUUUAUUAAGAUGUUAUAUUGUUGAAUUUUUUGGCCAAAUUUGAUAUUAUUUUGGAAGGUUAUUUUUCUUGAGAUUGCUCUA